AUGGCAUUGAAAAGAGAUCACUCUCCUUCUCCGGAUGUUCCCACAAACAUAUUUCGCUCCGAAAAGAUCCAACAUGAGACAUCGGCUUUCGUCGGCGCAUUCUCGUCAAAUCUGUCGGCCAAAGCACUCCAAAACCUUCCAGAAUUCAGAACAGCCUCACACCGUAUAGCAGCAUGGCGGACACGUUCCAAGCAGAAGUCUUUAACACCUUCAUCCAAAGUGCUGUACGACCUAGGCUAUGAUGACGAUGGUGAGAAGUGGGCCGGCAGCAGACUGCAGAACGUGCUCAAUGACACAGGCACAGAAGGCGUCGUGGUAGUGGCUCGCUGGUACGGCGGCCAAAACAUCGGGCCCAUCCGGUUCACUCAUAUCGAGACUUGCGCCAAGCAAGCAAUCUGGAGCUGGAAAACCGCCGACGAUGCAGCGAAGAAAGAGCACGCUGUCAAAAAGCAAAAGGUCGAGGAAGAGACGACACGAAAGGAGCUUGAGGAGAAUCUACGGGAAAGGGAUCUGAAUAUCUUCGUGUUAAGGAAGUUGCUCGCGGAUAAGAAAGCCAAGCUGAAAGACACGGCACCGGCACCUCCAACGCCAUCAAAGUCGCUUCAGGACUACAGUAAGAUGUCGAUGGAUGCCCUCAAUAGGGUUGACAAGGCACGAGAUGCAACUAUAGCUUUCAUUUUAAAGCAGAUCGACAAGGUGGACGAGGAGUUGAAGCUUGUCGUUGCGAUAGACGAGACCACCGAGGACGACUGGAAAGACGCGGAAGAGGCUUUCGCUGAAAGGGAAGCCGCUGCAUCGGAGAAGGAAGACGGCGAAACUUGA